AUGUCUAUCAAGGAGGACGGUUUCAAGGCCAGCGAGACCUUCGCUCAAAUCGAGGAGGCUCUCAAGAAGAUGCCCGACUCUGAGAAGCAGGCCCAGAUCAAGAAGGUGAGUAGCGUGGAUGCGCCGUCGCCGUUGGGCCGGUCGCUUGCUGUUACCCUUGGAGGCAUGCCAGCUAACCGUCAGACCAACGGCAUCUUCCAGCUCAACAUCAAGAACGCGCAGGGCAAGGAGGCCACCUGGGUCAUCGACCUGAAGAAGGAGGGCACCGUCUCGAAGGGCGCCGGCAAGAAGCCCGACGUCAACAUCUCGAUGACCGACGACACCUUCCAGGGCCUCGCCGACGGCAAGGUCAACCCCCAGAAGGCCUUCAUGACCGGCCAGCUGAAGGUCAAGGGCAACAUCAUGCUCGCGACCAAGCUCUCCACCGUCCUCAACGCCGCCAAGCCCAAGCUCUAA